AGGCUCGGGUGCUGUGGGCCAGUUGCAGUCUAGGGACUUGUGCACAACGCGGUGGGCUUGCUGUCUGACCUGGGACACCUUUCUACUCGGUUGGUUUCAAGAAUAAGAGUUACUGUCUUGGCCAGACCUGAAUCUAAAUUGUGAGCCCCUGAUUCUACACUGGGGGCCUGAUGCCCCCCCCAAUCUCUGCAUUGGCAGAGGGGAGUGGUCUGCCACUGCCCUGGCCCCCCACCCCGGUCCUCAGGCAGUGCUCUGGACAUCCCCACCGUGUCCUUGCCUUUCCUGUGGAGACUGACGGUGGGAACCCUGUCGCUGCAACCCUCUGCAGUGUGACAAGAGGGCAGGACAGGGACUUUGAAACAUGUCGGGGAUCGCCCUUCAGCAGACUGGCCCAGGAGAGGAAAGCCUGGAGAAAGGACCACCCGUUUGGCUUUGUGGCUGUCCCAACAAAACCCGAUGGCACGAUGAACCUCAUGAACUGGGAGUGCGCCAUUCCGGGAAGAAAGGGGACCCCGUGGGAAGGAGGCUUGUUUAAACUGCGGAUGCUUUUCAAGGACGACUACCCAUCCUCACCCCCAAAAUGCAAAUUUGAACCACCGCUGUUUCACCCAAACGUGUACCCUUCGGGCACAGUGUGCCUGUCCAUCCUCGAGGAGGACAAGGACUGGAGGCCGGCCAUCACGAUCAAGCAGAUCUUGUUAGGAAUACAGGAACUUCUAAAUGAACCAAAUAUCCAGGACCCAGCUCAAGCAGAGGCCUACACGAUUUACUGCCAAAACAGAGUGGAGUAUGAGAAGAGGGUUCGAGCACAGGCCAAGAAGUUUGCACCUUCAUAAGCGGCGACCGCGUGGCAGCGUAAGAAGGAAGGGAUUGGUCUGGCAAGAACUUGUUUACAACAUUUUUGCAAACCUAACGUUGCUCUGUACAAUUACUAGUCGCCUGGGGAGGGUUGGGCGGGCGCCACUUUCCAUUUCCGCCACCGGUACACAGUCCUCGACUCGCUGAAUUGCCCGGUUUUUCAUACAGGGUCUCUUCCUUCAGUCUUUUGUAUUUUUGAUUGUUAUGUAAAACUUGCUUUUAUUUUAAUAUUGAUGUCAGUAUUUCAACUGCUGUAAAAUUAUAAACUUUUAUACUUCGAUGAGCCCCGAGGAGCUAGUUUCCUAGUUUCCUUUGCUCGCGGAUGCAGGCAUGCUUCCCACAGUGUAGAGCUACGCCCGGCCUCAGCUGGCCUCCCUCCCGCCUCGGUCUCCGCGCACCCUGGGUUGUGUUGCUUACGAGCCUCAGAUCCAAAGUCAGCCGGCGUCUCGUUCCCGCAUCACUUCCUUUGUGUCUAUAUGGCGUUUUGUCUGUGUUGCUGUUUAGAGUAAAUAAACUGUUUAUAUAAAGGUU